AUUUGGAAUAAUCAAGAACAGGGGAGAAAGAAGAGUGUAUGCAAAAUCAAGAACUGCAACAACGGCAUCGACAGAAGGAAGACCCACAUUCACUUCCAUUAAAGCCUCAAGUCCCUUCUCUCUACUCAGUCAGAAAUCAAAUUCAACCCUUCCAGUUUUUCAUGAAGAAGAAAUCAAACAUGGAAGUGCCUAAUGACGUAACAAGAGAAAUCAUCCGCAAGCUUCCAUAUAAAAGCCAAUGCAGAUUUCGUUGCGUAAGUUUCUUCUGGAAAGAUGUGAUUGAUUCUGUUAAAGAUUAUAAUGUCUACACACUCAUUCAAAAAAAGGAUGUGAUUCAUCCUGUAUUUUCCUUGCUGGACAGUUCCAGGGAACUUGUUUUACCUCUUACGAAUCCGUUUCCAAGCUAUCUCUAUGAAAUGAAGAUAGUCGGUUCAUUGGAUGGCAUUGUAUGCCUUUGUCGCCCCAAUUGGGGCGACGUUAUCACGCUUUGGAAUCCUUUUGAAAGCAGUUUUAAGUUUGUACAGUUAAGUACAAAUUCCAAAAGACAUAAACACUUGGCUUCAGUAGCCAUGGCACAUACAGGAACUAACAUUGUUAUAGUUAGGAUUAUUCUCUCAAGUCAUAAAAAAGUUGAAAUACUUCCUACCAACAGCCUACAUUCUAAAUGGAUCAGUAAAAAGGUUGAUCUUCAGUUUGAGUUAGAGAACCAGGAUUCUUGUGGUAUCAUUUAUAGUGGACAGCCCUACUGGAUAGGGAUUCAGCAUGAGAAGAAUAGGGAAAGGGAGAUUGUGCUGAAAUUUGACGGUGGUACCUUCAAAAUGACAUCCUAUCCAAUCAUCUUCAAAGAAGAUCGUGGUAAAAAUUACCAUAAGAUGCUCGUCAAUUUGUACAGCCAUCACAUGCUAGGAAUGCUUGUGUGGGAUGACAAACCAACAUCAAAAAUUGAAGUAUGUGGUUUCGAUCACAAUGAACAAUGGAUCAUGUUAUGGACAGUCUCACCCCCCUUAGAAAUAGACCGUAUAUUAGGGAUGUCUGUGAAAGGGCAUAUCAUCGUCGAAUACGACGAUAGAAUUCUACUAAUUGUUUCGAGAGGUGUUCAUAUGGGGUUAGCCCAAUGCAAAAUUCAGAUUGGAGACAGACGAAGAGAACUAGGAAUGAAUGGCUGUUUUGAAAUCUUAGAAAUACAAAGGAGUACUUUAAUUGUAGAGGGAAUGUCUACUGUUGAGGAGAAGAGGUGGAGCCAUGCUGACAUAAGGGAUUAUGUUAACUAAUCAACAGAAUUACCUCACAUUUGGAUUUUGACAGAGUUCUGUUGUGACCUUCUAAGAGUUUGUAAGGACUAUUUGAUAUUGUUUGUCACAGAUUAUACUUUUUGUGCAAUUUUGAUUUGGUUGUAGUGACAAUCUUUGAUUGUGUAGUUUUCAUAUCGUUUGUAACGAUUUAUACUUUUUUGUGUUUGAUUCAGUUUCAUUACCUUCUGUUUUCAUGAAUGACAAAUGAUCAAAAGAAAUAAUUGAAAUGAACAAAUGUCCAUAUAUGUCAAAAGUUCCAUCUAUUCUUCUGUUA